GCUAGACUAAUUACCACCUACGUUCGAAUCUGCUAGACUACUCUCUGCUUUCACUACUCUGUGGCUUCUGGAAAGCUGCGGGAUAAUCGUUUCCUGACUUAACUCCGAUAAGGGGGCGCUCGUAUCGUCCGCACCUGUAUACCUCCUAUGCGCUCUUUCCCCCAUUAAUCUCCCACAACAUACUCAAUAAUGGGCAACCAACUCUCUACAACCGUUGCCGCACGCCCAGGCGGUGCGCUCGACAGCUACGUCCUAGAGCUCGGUGGCGGCUUAGUGUACGAGAAGAGUAUGGGCACUGCGCGAUUCCUCAAGACUGUCAAGGCGAAGCAUAGGAAUGGACCGGUCGUCGUGAAGAUUUUUAUCAAGCCUGAUCUUGGUAUUGGGCUCAAGGGAUAUCAUAGGCGGCUGAAGGCGGAAAGGGAGACGCUCGCGGAUUUACCGAACGUAUACGGGUACCAGACAUUCGCGGAGACGGAGAGAGCGGGUUACUUGAUCCGACAGUGGGUAGGUAGCAACCUGUAUGACCGGAUUAGCACACGGCCGUUUCUGAGUAUGAUCGAGAAGAAGUGGAUGGCAUUCCAGAUACUGAGCGGUAUGAGAGACGCUCGGAUGCGCAACAUUCCGCACGGCGACCUUAAAUCAGAAAACGUCCUCGUCACAUCCUGGAACUGGGUGCUUAUCACCGACUUCUCCUCUCAGUUCAAGCCCGUCCAUUUGCCGGAAGACGACCCCUCUGAUUUCUCCUUCUACUUCGACACUUCAGGUAGGCGGACAUGCUACAUCGCCCCCGAGCGGUUCACGAUUGGGAAGCAUAAGGAGAGGGAGAGCAAGGUCACGGAGGCGAUGGACGUGUUUAGCGCCGGGUGUGUGCUGGCGGAGAUGUUCUUGGAUGGGAGGCAGGUGUUCAGCUUGAGUCAGUUAUUUAAGUAUAAGGCCGGUGAUCUAGGGCUGGAUGCGCAUUUGGGAGAGAUCGUUGAUGAAGGUGUUCGAGCACUGGUAAAGCGCAUGAUGUCGCUCAACCCUUUCCUCCGCCCAACGUUUGAUGAAGCGCUCGCCGAUGCACGGGACACCGUCUUUCCCGAGUCUUUCUACACGUUCUUCCACCACUAUAUCGCCUCACUCAACGAGCCUGUAUCGUCCCCAUUCUACGCGCCUUCCGCCUCAGAGGGAACAGAGACACCCGGCCGGCCAGACCAGAAGGAGCAGAAGCUGCCGAGUGAUGCUGAUCGGAGGAUUGAUAGGUUGUGGGAGGAGUGGGAGAGCGUGGAACCGUAUUUGGGCGACGGGGAGGCAACGAUCAUGGAGCUGAGAAACGGGGAGCAGACACAAGAGAGAACAUCAUAUUCGAACGUCUUCCCUGUUGUAGUGCAAAUACCGGACAUCUCACUUGAUUUUGCAAAGCCUGCUAGGCAAGCUGCAACAGCCAAUGGACCUGCCUUGAUCAUCCUCUCCAUCGUUUGCGCUAACAUCCGUAACUGUGCUCAUGCCAGCUCGAAAGUCCGGGCCUUGGACUUGCUACUCGCGCUGACUCCACAGCUGACGGAUGAAGCCAAACUCGAUCGCAUGGUGCCUUAUGUUGUGGACAUGUUACGUGACGAUUCUGCACUGGUCCGGGCUGCGUCCGUGCGAACACUCAUGCAGAUUCUCAUGACCGUGCAAUCUAUCACACCCUCGAACGCUCAGAUAUUCCCUGAAUAUAUAUUCCCGAAUGUCAUGGAGUUAGCACGAGAUCCAGAAGUCUCGAUCCGUUGCAUGUAUGCGCAGUGCAUUGUCGCACUAGCUGAGACAGGUGUGAGGUAUCUGGAGAUGGACCAGGCUAUGAAGAUGCAGGGAAAUUUGCGGUUACCAGAGAAUGGUGACGAGGAGGAUUCGUUGCAAGAUCGCACAUACGACGCCGGCUUGCAAGACAUACAAGCGAUCAUUCAAGAGGAACUUAUCGCGCUUCUGGUCGACUCCUCCAGCGCGGUCAAGCGAGCCGUCCUGCAGAACAUCGCUCCCUUAUGUGUCUUCUUCGGUCGACAGAGGACGAACGAUGUAUUGCUGAGUCACAUGAUCACCUUCCUGAAUGGUCGGGACUGGAUGCUUCGUUAUGCGUUCUUUGACUGUAUCGUUGGGCUUGCUGUGUGCGUAGGAGCAAGGAGCCUGGAGGAGUACAUCUUGCCGUUAAUGAUCCAGGCGUUAUCGGAUACCGAAGAGGCCGUCGUCGCACGUGUGCUAUCAUCGCUUACAAGCCUGUCUAAUCUGAGCUUGUUUGGAAAGAUGCGUCUAUGGGAAUUAAUGAGCGCGACCAUCGGCUUUCUGUACCACCCGAAUGUGUGGAUCAAGCAAGGGGCUGCGGCUUUCCUAGCCUCUGCUGCCAAGCAUCUCCCGGCGAUCGAUGUGUGGGCAAUCUUAUACCCUUCUCUUCGGCCCUUACUGCGGUCUGAUGUGGCAGAGAUUGACGAGAUCUCCCUGCUGUCAGCCAUUAAGGCUCCUCUGUCCAGACAAGUAUUCGAUGCUGCUGUCAUAUGGGCAACGAAGAGGGAUCACUCCCUGUUCUGGAAAGCAGCAACUUCGAGAGACGCGAAAUCGCGAACAGACAUCGGCAAAGAAAGUUUGCGUCGAGUGACAGCUUCUGCAAGUCGUGCACUAGUCCCCCGAUCUGACGAGGAUGAGAGUCAGAUCGUCAAGCUGCAACAGCUGGGCAUGACGUCUUCUGAUGAGGCCAAGAUCCUUUCUCUAUGCGAUUACAUACUCAAGGUUGCUGCGGCACAAGGCGGACAUAUGACCCGCGCCCGCAUAGAAAGCGAUGUCCUAGAGCUGUUGAAGGGCGUGGAUGUGCAGUUACAGCAACUUGGAGUACGGCCAACAACCGUUUUCUUAGGUUCUCGACCUUCCGAGAGUAGUUCUCGACCAGAGUCGGCUCGUCGCUUUGGUAGCGAUCUUGCUCUCCACAACUCUAUGCGCUCCAGCGUCCGUUUACCCAUUUCUCCCUCAGCCACCAACUCACCUGGCAGUCCGAUUGGCGGUCUCCGGAUGAAGGAGCUGAUGUCUGCUUCAUCGACCUCGCUCAACUUCAUGCCGCCGUCUGGUCGACUUGAGCGGCAGUCUUCGGCCGUCUCCGUGCAAAGCGCCCUAACAUCUGAAAUGAUCAAAUCGCCGAAACCCGAACCUGCGCUAUCCUCAAGUCCUGCAGGAUCGAACUUUUCAAGUGAUGCGACCGCCAUUCGCAGGAUGCAACGUAUCCCUGGACAUGCUGAGAACUACAAGGCCCCACCUGCUAUAGGUCCCAGUAAGACGAUUGCUAUGGGGCACCUGGAAACAGCUAUUCAGAUACGGCCCGAGGACGAGCUGCCCCCAUCGGGGCGAUCGUCACCUACCCCGACAUCUCGGCCAGAAUCUCGAAUGCGCUACCAAACACCCACGUUGACCACCGGAAUGUGGGGCAACCAAGAGAAUGGUGUGAAGAACAUCAUUGAAGGUCUUUAUCAUGACAACUUUCGAGAAAGUAUCCCCGAAUUUGGUCCUCGCGUCCCCAAUGUCCCUGUUCGCCGGCGUGCCGCUGCUCGGGCUAGCUUCCCACCGCAUGAGAGCAGUUCUCGACGAACGGAUGUCACAUUAGUGGCGCAUUUAACCAGCCAUACGGGCGCGGUCAACGGCAUAGCUGUUGCGCCCGACCAUGUCUUCUUCGUCACUUGCUCAAACGAUCGGACGGUACAAAUUUGGGACACCUCGCGCCUCGCUAACAACGUGACCAGCAAGCCUCGCCAUAUUUACACGGGUCAUCACGCCCGUGUUACAUGCAUCUGCAUGCUGGAGAAUACUCAUUGUUUUGCGAGCGCUGCGGAUGAUGGGUCACUUCAUGUUGUGCGGGUUCAUGUGGGAACAGGUGGCUCUCAGCCCAAGUAUGGCAGGGCACAACUUGUGCGAGAACACCGCCUGGAAGCACCAGGCGAUUAUAUUACAUGCAUGACGCACUACAAUGCGGAUACCACGUCGAACCUCGUGUAUGCGACGACCCUUGGCAACAUUGUCGUAUUGGAUGUUCGGACGAUGGAAACCGUGCUUCAUAUGGUCAAUCCCACCCAGUAUGGUCCUAUCUCGACAUUAUGCAUCGACCGAAGGCGGGCCUGGCUUGUUACUGGUACUCUCAGCGGUGUACUUACUCUCUGGGACCUUCGAUUCGGACUCCGUCUGAGAAGCUGGAAUGUCGCCAGUGCUGACCUAUAUGGCGGGUCCUCUACGGCGGUACACCAAUGUGUGCUUCAUCCUGUGAAGGGGCGUGACAAGUGGAUUAUCGUCGCGGUAGAGUCGCACCCGACGCGAAGCAGCGAGGGCGCGCCGUUGAGGAGUGUCACUCUUGAAGUAUGGGACGUCGACAAGGCUGCGCUUGUCGAGAUGUUUAUCCACACGCAAGAUGCUGCCAGUGCAGAGGCGGACGGGACGUCAAUCCCAGCACUUGGAACCAAAGGGAACGAGGCGGAGAAGAACCCCGCAUCAGCCAUCGCAGAUUUUGUCGCUUCGAGGGAGGCGAACGGGACAGGACAACGCAAAGUAACAAACGAGACGAUCCGGAGUCCGCGGGCGAACAACGCUGCUCUUCCUGGAGACUUGAACCCUUCAUGCCCCGAUGUGCGGGCGAUCCUUGUUGGUACAGAUUUUGGUGGUUUCACCGCUCUUGCGCAGCAGACUGCAGGUGUUGUGGAGGAAGAAGGAAUCCGACGCGAGCGACGCUCCCAUCUCUACCCCAGCAAGAACAAGGAGGCCAAGGGGUUCAUCAUUACAGGAUGCGAGGACCGCAAGGUGCGGUAUUGGGAUCUUGGGCGAGUGAGCCGUUCCUUCCUUAUCAGCGGGGUGAGCGCGGACGGAGAGAAGCCAACGUUCAGCGCGAGCGAGCAGGGCACAUAUACCGAGGCAUGGGGUUCGCGGCUUGGUGCUGCGAUUUGGAGGGGUCGCCUGGAUAGGCAUAUGAUUAUCGGCCAGCACCAGCAGCAGCUUCUCCGUGCGCACCAGGACUGUAUCACUGCACUCGCCUGUAUCGACAGUCCUUUCAGAGGAGGGGUUAUCAGUGCCGAUCGUGCUGGAAUAAUCAAGGUAUUCAAAGUGGAUUUUAACUGAUCGCUUACUGUCAUUUUAUGUUUGUUCGUAUUGCAUUUGUAUAUUGGAGCAUUUUAUUGUCAUGAAAUUGUAUCG